CAAGUUGAACCGGCGUUUUAUGCUUUAUUUGCUCCAAAGUCCGGCUCAGUUGUACAGUUGCCGUUUGACUUCAACAUCGUACUGAUCAUCCUCAGUAAACUAUUAGUUUAUUAUUUAAAAAUAAAAAAAAACAACAAACAUUAAUCAUGGUUGCUGAAUUUCUUGGUAAAAAAUACAAGCUCUCAACCAGCGAAAAAUUCGACGAAUUAAUGAAGGCCCUUGGUGUUGGAUUGAUAACUAGAAAAAUGGGUGCAACAGUUAGUCCAACAGUUGAAUUAACUGAAAAUGGUGGUGAAUAUACAUUAAAAACAACAAGUACAUUUAAAAAUUCAGAAUUAAAAUUUAAACUUGGUGAAGAGAUUGAUGAAGAAACACCAGAUGGUCGUAAAGUUAAAAGUACUUUUACACUUGAUGGUAAUAAAUUGCAUCAAAUUCAAAAAGGUGAAAAAGAUACAAUCAUUGAACGUGAAUUUACACCAACUGAAAUGAAAGCUAUUAUGAAAGUUGAUGAUAUUGUUUGUACAAGAAUCUACCCACUUGUCCAAUAAAUUAAAAAAAAAAUGAACCAACAUUUUUUUAUAUAAAAAAAACACAUCACAUUUCGACUGAAUUUUAAAAAAUUAAAAAAAAAAAUCACAACUUGUCUUUUAUAAAAUUUUGUAUAGUCGAUUAAUAAAUU